AUGCGAAUCUCAUCCCAAUCUACAUUGGGUUUACUUGCAGUUCAAGCAACGACAGUUAUUGCAGACCGAUAUGCCAGCAACAUAAGACCCGUUGUGAUUGAUUCACCACAGGUGGCAGCCAACUUUCCCAACGUCGAAGGCAUUCAGCUACUAUCGCCAGCUUUCGUGAACCCAAGCAACGUACCAGCUACGUUCGCAAACGGCACUUCCGGACCAACUCCACAGCAAGACUUGGAGAGCUUUGUGAAGGGCAUUGCCCAGCGUAACGGCUGGAUCACCUACAAGAGCGGACUAGAAUCCGAGGAGGGCCGCAGAAUACCGUAUGUUACACUGACGAGUGGCAAGAACAGCACCAACAAGCUACGUAUCUGGAUCCAAGGGGGCCAGCACGGAAACGAGCCAGCAGGCGAUGAAGGUGUGCUAGCACUAUUAGGGAGACUCGCUCAGGACUCACAAUGGAGCGCGAAAGUCCUCGAAAAAGUUGAUCUUGUGAUUCUUCCACGCUAUAAUGUCGAUGGCGUGGAAUACCUGCAGCGACAGCUGGCCUCCAACUACGACCCUAAUCGUGAUCACGCUGUGCUCGAGAGAGAGCAGACGCGAGCUAUUAGAAAGCUACAAUCCGAAUUUGACCCUCACGUCUUCAUAGACGACCACGAAUACACAGGUGGCGACCCGGUAGCUCAGAAAUACAUCCGCGCACAAGAUCUCCUAGUCUCGGCCAACAAGAACCAGAACGUUCAUCCUGAUAUUCGAGCGUUGAACCAGGAGUUUGUAGACGACAUCUUCUCAGUUGCUGAAAGCCACGACCUCCGAAUAUUCCCAUACUUUACGACCAGCGUAGCCAAUGGAACGAUCACUAUCGAAGAGCCUAAUGCGACUCCAGCGGCAAACCACAAAGGUGCUGGCAACUAUCAGGCCCUUACAUUCCUGGUGGAGACGCGUGGUAUUGCUAUUGCUGAUCAGCAUUUCCAGCGACGUGUAGCUUCCCACCUCAUCGUCCUAGAGACCAUCCUUAACAAAGCGGUUGAUGAAUACGAUAGCGUGUAUAGCAAAGUUGAGGCAGGACGUAAAGCCUUUAUCGAGAGUAAAGAUGACAUUGUUGUUGCGUACGAACAACGUGUCACAAACAAGAUAGUUCCCUUCAUCGACGCGACGAACGGUUCCCUCGUCAACGUGCCCGUCCGCUCCAGAAACAGUGAUCCCUACCUUGUCACUCUGUCCCGACCUCGGCCAAAAGCCUAUGUCUUCUCGCGCGCAUGGACAGAUGUAGCGGAACGUCUCCGCAUACUCGGCGUUACCGUCGAUAUCCUCCAAGAAGAGUUCACCGGCAGUGUUGAAGCGCUGGUGGUAACGUCGGCUGAGCUGGCUGGAACAAAGUUCGAGGGCAUCGCGGGUACUACAGUGACGACUAAUGCGACACAGCGGGAGGUUACGAUACCCGCUGGAGGUUACUGGGUUGACACUAAGCAGAAGAAUGCUGGGUAUGCUUUUGCGCUGCUAGAACCAGAGGCAGAGGCUAGUCAAGCAUAUUAUAACAAGAUUCCGCUGGAGGUGGGAGAUGAGUAUCCUGUAUUUAGAGUUAUCUAG